AUGCUGGCUGAGGUCUUGGCCAGCCAUCGCCAGCCUUUGCCAGCCAUCACCAGUCCCCAACCAGCCAUCACCAGCCCCCAACCAGCCAUCAGCCCCCAACCAGCCAUCACUAGCCCCCAACCAGCCAUCACUAGCCCCCAACCAGCCAUCACCAGCCCCCAACCAGCCAUCACCAGCCCCCAACCAGCCAUCACCAGCCCCCAACCAGCCAUCAGCCCCCAACCAGCCAUCACCAGCCCCCAACCAGCCAUCACCAGGCCUCAACCAGCCAUCACCAGGCCUCAACCAGCCAUCACCAGCUCCCAACCAGCCAUCACCAGCUCCCAACCAGCCAUCACCAGCUCCCAACCAGCCAUCACCAGCUCCCAACCAGCCAUCACCAGCCAACCAGUCAACCAAGAACAGGCAAAUGAUGAUGUUGUCAUUGGAGGAACCCUCAGGGUCAACAAAAUUAAAUUGCAAAGAUGCAACCACCAACUCCCGACCAAGCUGGUGUGCGACCUGCUAGGAGUUGUAUUUUCAAAAAGAGAGAUGGCCACCUCGUCCCUGACUGGACAAAAGGGCAGUGCCAAAGACGAAAUAAAACCACCACUGGAGGCCACCGCGGUCAAAGCUAUUUUUGAAUACACUCUGCAGAAAUUUCCCAAUGUGGAACUAUCCGUCCUGAGGGGAGCCGUCAGGAAUAAGUUAAACAAUGUCAGCAAGCUGUUCAAGAAAACACAGGCUGAAGCUGGAUCCGAUGAACCCUGAUCCCUCAGACAUUGAAUUAUUUG